AAGAUAGAAAGAAGACAUUUGUUCUCUCCUUUUUAAAUUCCAAUUUCCUCCUUUGGGAAAAAAAAGAGACAAUAUUCGUUUCCUAUCUUUCUGCUCUUACUUGGAUCUGACGUUCUGAGAAUUCUGACUCUCCCCACACCCACAAUACACUGCCUUUGAGUCCUUUUUCCAACUCGCUAUGACCUUCUAGCUUCUUACAUUAGCGAUGGAAAGCCUGAAAACACCGUUCAAGGGAAUAAUUAAAGAUGUCAAAGGAAGGAGUGCAUGCUACAAGGAAGAUUGGGUCGGUGCACUUUGCUCGGGCAUUAGGAUAUUGGCUCCAACUACAUACAUCUUCUUUGCUUCUACUCUUCCUGUUAUUGCCUUUGGGGAGCAAUUGAGCAGAGAAACAGGUGGCACCCUUGGCACAGUUGAAACUUUAGCUUCCACAGCUAUUUGUGGAAUAAUUCACUCAGUUUUUGGAGGGCAACCCUUGUUAAUCUUAGGAGUUGCAGAACCGACAAUUAUAAUGUAUAGUUACUUGUACAGUUUCAGCCAAGGAAGGCCAGGGUUGGGCCAGAAACUCUAUUUAGCUUGGUCUGCAUGGGUCUGCGUAUGGACAUCACUACUGCUUUGUCUUCUUGCCAUAUUUAAUGCUUGCAACAUCAUCUCUAGAUUUACAAGGGUUGCAGGAGAACUGUUUGGCAUGUUGAUCACUGUUCUUUUCAUUCAAGAAGCCAUAAAGGGAUUGGUCAGUGAGUUCAGUAUUCCCAAAGGUGAAGAUAAUAAAUUGGAGGAGCUUCAAUUUCCUUGGCUGUACACAAAUGGAUUGCUUGCAAUCAUUUUCGCAUUUGGUGUGCUAUUGACUGCCCUAAAGACCAGAAACGCAAGAUCAUGGAGAUAUGGCACAGGAUGGCUCCGAGCUUUUUCUGCUGACUAUGGUGUCCCCCUGAUGGUCUUGUUCUGGACAGCAUUGUCCUACACUGUACCCCGCAAAGCUCCUUCUACAGUUCCAAGGAGGCUGGUCUCUCCACUUCCCUGGGAUCCUAAAUCAGUAUAUCAUUGGAUGGUGGUCAAGGAUAUGGGAAAAGUUCCGCUGGAAUAUGUCUUUGCUGCCAUUGUGCCAGCAGUGAUGAUAGCAGGUCUAUACUUCUUUGAUCACAGUGUUGCUUCACAGUUGGCACAACAAAAGGAGUUUAACCUGAAAAAGCCAUCUGCUUAUCAUUACGAUAUUUUGUUGCUUGGGAUAAUGACUAUGGUUUGCGGAUUGCUGGGACUGCCUCCUUCAAAUGGAGUACUUCCACAAUCUCCUAUGCACACAAAGAGUCUUGCAGUUCUUAAGACGCAGCUGAUUCGGAAGAAAAUGGUAAAAAGUGCAAAGGAAUGCAUAUUGAAACAAGCAAGCAGCUCAGAAAUCUAUGGAAGGAUGCAAGCUGUGUUUAUAGAAAUGGAUGCAUCCCCAACGCCUAAUUAUUUGGUAGAUAAGGAGUUGGAAAAUUUGAAAGAGGCUGUAAUGAAAAGUGAUGAUGGAGGAGAUGGAAAGCAAAAAUUUGAUCCCGAAAAACAUAUCGAUCCCCAUUUGCCUGUUAGAGUCAAUGAGCAAAGAAUGAGUAACCUGUUACAGUCAUUCCUUGUGGGCGUAUCAGUGUGUGCUCUGCCUAUAAUUAAAAUGAUCCCUACCUCCGUAUUGUGGGGAUACUUUGCCUACAUGGCCAUUGACAGCCUACCAGGUAACCAAUUCUGGGAAAGAAUGUUACUGCUCUUAAUCACCCCUAGCCGACGUUACAAAGUUCUUGAAAAUGCACAUGUUUCGUUUGUGGAGAUGGUGCCUUUCAAGGUCAUUGCGACGUUCACAAUAAUGCAAUUCUUUUAUCUGUUGCUAUGUUUCGGAGUGACAUGGAUACCUAUAGCUGGAAUACUGUUUCCGCUGCCAUUCUUCGUUCUCAUCAGCAUAAGACAGCACAUCCUCCCAAAGGUGUUCUGUCCUGCUUACCUCCAGGAGCUGGAUGCUGCUGAGUAUGACGAAAUUGCUGGUGCCCCAAAAAGAAGCCACAGUCUGCGCAUGGAUGGAGAACAACAGGAGGCUGACAGUGAUGAUGAAGAUGAUUUCUAUGAUGCUGAAAUAUUAGAUGAGAUGACUACUCACAGAGGAGAAUUGAAGUUCAGAUCAACUCUGAGCUUCAAGGAAGAUAGACCCCAACAUGAUUUUUAAAUUUGCUUAUUCUUCAAUAGGACAUCAUAUGCACGUUCAUCCGGCAAACAACAACCAAAGCCAGUGAGACCAAAUUAACCAGCAUCGAGGAUAUUCCAUGCCCAUUGAAUCAAUAUGAUCCAAGGCAAGAAUAUCUGAAAGGUUUUCACUUUUGACUAAGGGAAAAUGGUGAGAAAUGGGUCAAGGAGAUAUCAAAUAUAGGAAGAAAUGCAGAGGGAAAAGAGAUAUAGAGGGAACUCGGCCAAGAAAAAGAGCAAGGGUAAAGAGAUUGCAGCAGAGUUCUACAAUGUUUGCCAUGCAAAAGAAAAAGGGUGUGGUGUUUCCACACAUUGUUGUAUUCUUUCAUUCUUACUCCUUUUGUUGAGUAGAACUAUAUUUUUUUAGACAAAUUUUGUGCGAACAUAUUAUCACUAUGUAAGUUUCUUUAUGCUUUAAAUUUCUUAUGCCCUUCUAUCCCAGCUAGCAUCGGUUAU